AUGGCAACGAGUCACGCCACCACGAGCGCGGAAGAGGCGGCACCUUUAUUGCUAGCUUCGUCGUCUACGUCUGCUAAUAAUGCGUUUCGUCGCGAUGAGAGCGGUUUGGAGACGUCUUCGUCGUCCGCAUCAUCAUCGUGUAAGAGAUACGGAAUUUUAGCCGCGGCUGGAUUGGGGGCUCUUUUCGUGUUGUCUUCGUCCAAGACGAACAGCGGCGUAACGUUGACGACGACGAGGGGAGGAGGUCGACCAGAACACGUCGCAUCGGUUAAACUGGGUUCCUUCGAAACCGGCUACGACUUGGACGCGAACGCGUUCGAUGGCGACGUUUGGCACGUCCCGUUUGAGUUUUACAGAGACACCAAGUGGGCGCAGGCGAAGUUUUGGCGACCCGGGUCGAACGCGGAUCUCGACGGCGACGUGACGAUGUUAAGUGAAGAAGAAAAAAUGCACCCAGACGAGAAGAAAUACAUGCCAGUGUUUAAAUCGAAAGGCGUGGAUUCCGCUCCGGUGGUAGUGACGGCGCACGCGACGAACUUGAAGAGCAACGGGUGGGUGAUUCUGGACUCGGCGAAGAAGAACGGGUUGGAGAUUGUGAUCUCGGGGAACGGGACGACUUUUCACGGGUUUGCGGAUAAGAUGAUGGGUUUGAAAGCGGCGUUGCAUUCUAUUCCAGGGAACCCUAUUAUUGUCAACGCGGACGCGACGGAUGUUUUGUUGCAGUGCGGGCCGGAGGAGUUUCAAAAGAGGUUCGAACAAGCGGACGCGGAUUUCAUUUUCGGAGGCGAGACCCAGUUAUGGCCGGAGAUUAGGAAAUAUUUCGACAUGGAAGACGAGCAACAGUUUAAAAGAGAGAUGAGUUUGACGUUUGGUGAGAUUGGUAAAGCGGCUGGGGAUGACGUCGAGUUAACCGGCGAGCACCCGAACGUCUGGGCCAACGCCGGUUCCUUCAUGGGACGAAAAGAAGAGUUGAUCAAGUACAUCGAAGCGACCGAGAAUAGAAUGAUGCGACACAACGAUUGGAAAGAAGAAGACGGUUUCGGGAUGACGUGCAAACCCGCGGCAACAACAGACGAAGAAUUCAACAACGUCUUCCCAGGUAUGCGUCAAUUUGACGACCAAGAGUGCCUCACGGCGUUUCAAAUGCAAAAACUCAUCGAACGCUCGCAACGCCACAAGUUAGACGCGGACGGCUCAAUCCUCUUCUCCGCCGGCGGCGCGCCAAUGUCGCAGCUCGGUCAAGACGCCAACGGCAUGGUGUACAACAAACAAACCGGGAAAGCCUCGUGUUUGUGGCACUUCAACAACCCCUCGGCGAAAAUCCGCUUGAAAGAUUUCGCCAACGCCUACCCGACGAAAUUUUUAACCGAAGUCGGCAGAGGCGCGAUGUUGAGAACGCCGGACGAACAUCCUGGGAACAGAAACGGUGAAGUCGGCCCAGCCCCGAGCGAAAGUCCUUGA